AUGCAGGAGGCCCUGGGGAUGUCCGCCCCGUGGCCCGUUGCCCGCGGGCUCCUCGCGCUGGCCGUGCCGGUGUUCCCGGCUGGCUCGCAGGUCCCCUUCGGGCCGGUGCCCCUGCUGGACGUGCUGCUGUCCCUGGCGGUCGCGACCGUCCUGUGCUCGGCGGCGGGCCACCACCUGACCCGGAGCGGGCUGCUUCUGUCGCUGCGGGGGCUGCUGCCGCACCACGCGGAGCUGAGGGACGAGGCGGUCGAGGAGGAGGCGCACCUGGCAGCUGUUCGCGAGCCGCUCGGGGACGAUGCCUCGGCGGACGGCACCGGUGGCGGCAAGGCGAGGCCCGCCGGCCCGCGGAAGCGGACGGUCGCCGAGCUGCUGUUCAUCGUCGUGCACAACGCCGCGGUCGCAAUGCUGUCCCCGGAUGGGCAACGCGCGGCGCCGCGCGACGCGGCGGCGCGGCCGCUUGUGGAGGCUCGAGCCCGAGACCCUCGUCCACCACAUCGCCUCCCCUGCCAAUAUGCAUAUUGUGUGCCACGCAGACCAGGGUGGAUUUUCGGGUCCUCUGCCACCUGA